AUGCGAAUUAUCCCUGGUAAGAGGCAGAAGAAGAAGGAUGCUAAACAGCUGACUUUGAAUCUGGCUGUGAGGAUCUCAUACGCAAAACAUAUUGACCUUAUAGAUAACUUUCAAUGCAAUCCAAUUUGUUUUGUGACAACAAAUACAUUCUAUACAAAACGAACAGCAAAGUUAAAGAAUUCUAAUACUCAUUGGAAUCAAAUCCUGAAAUUGAAACUACCGAGAACUCCACAGUCGGACCUAUUAAGAGUUAUUGUGUUUGAUGCUCUACCGACAAUGGCUCCAACAACGACGGCUGGUACACCACCGCUUUCAAACGCCUCUAGUGUAACCUCGAUGGCUUCACUGAGUUCACCCUUUGGUAGUACAUCACAACAAUUACAUGCUAGGUCGUCAACAACAUUAGCUACCUCUUUGGGAACAGCCACCGGCGUCUCAGCAGCUAUUACUACUACUGCUACAACUGACUUACAUGACAGCAUCGAUUCUAUCCAACAUUUUAGUUCAGAGGCUGACCAUUUAAACAUACAACAUUCAUAUUCCAAUCAAAGUCUCGACCAUUCUAACCAAGACCAUUAUAAGAGACACGUUACAAGUAAUUAUCUGUAUAUCGGUGAAGUGCAAUUAUCUCUCCUAGAUUUAUUUAAGAAGAAAGAUUCAAAGAAUAGUUAUAAUUUCUCAUUGGCACCAGAGUGGUAUACUUUAUAUGAUAAGAAAAGGGAAAAGGAACAACAUGAUAGUGGCGUCAAUAUUAAAUAUCCCGUAGGUGAAAUAUAUUUAGGAUUUCAUUUAACUACAAACGACAAGAGCUUCAGUACCAUCGAGGCAUAUAAUUCUUGGAGAAAUAUGCUAUUCAAUUCAAUGUCCACCCCAGUAACAUAUCCCAAAGGAAAAUCAAACGGUAAACUACAGGAAAGAGAACAGUUACGUACUAGGUCCAGGACAAUAAGUGACCCUAGAUUGGAGUCCCUAAAUGUGAUGAAAAUGUGUGAAAUACCGCCUAGUGCGGUAACCGAUUCAGAGCUAGGACCAUUAUUGUCACAAUCACGCAUACGUUCGCAAUCAUCCUCUUCUUCGUCAUCAGGAUCAUCUUCAUGUUCUUCAGUAUCAAGUUAUGAUAGUUACGAAACGAAACCAUAUAUGGCAAGCAGUGAAUCAAAUAUUAACGAUGUGAGUAUGGAGGGACUUAUCGAAAACUUCGAACUACUCUCAGAUGUUAUAGCAUCACCCGACAGCGAAGAACAACCAAUGAAUGAUACACACAACAUCAACAAUAUCGAUUUGGCAUCAAUAGCAUCGGUUCUUGAUGAAUAUGAAGUUGUCUUACCUGAAGAAAUUAACCAUUCUAAGAUACCAAAUAUUGAUUUGUUAUUAAAUGGAGAUAUGAUACCAGAAGUAGAAGAAGCUAUUGACAUUGACGACGACGAUAUACUUGGAGAAAAUGGCAUAGAAGAGAAUCGUAUGUACAAGAUUAGGGACAAAGCAAAUUCCGCAAUUAGUUUCAGUUCUGAGAACAUUGACAAAGGGUAUGAGGAUGAUGAUGAAAAAUCCAUGUCUGGUGAGGAUUCUAGCGAAAAUGAUGAUCAAUCGAAUGAUCGAAAUGGUCUUAUAUUUAGACCAACGGUGAAAAAAUUAAUCCGUAUGAGACGUAGUACAAAAAGUUAUAAAGAACGAAUUACUAGAAAAGUUGAAACGACAUUUCAAGUCUCAAAGAAACAGCAUUCAUUGGGUGUCAUGUAUACAGAAUUUGUCUCCAUCACAGGUUUACCACCUUUAAAGAGUAAAUUGUCAAGAACUUUUGAUAUGGAUCCGUUUAUCGUAGCAUCAUUUGGAAGAAAAGUAUUCAAAACAUCUUGGAAAAAACAUACCUUAAAUCCAAUAUUUGGUGAAUCAGCUGCUUUUGAAGUAUUUCCAUACGAAAAAAAUUUUAGUUUCCAUUUUAAAGUCCUAGAUAAGGAUUCAUUUACCUUCAACGAUGAAGUAGCUGAAUAUGACUUAUCUUGGGCUGACAUGAUCGAAAAACUGGAAAAUAAAUACCCAUCGAAGUGGACAAAUUUUGAUCUCCCUAUGAAACUAUUGAUGAAAAAGAAUUUUGGGAAGUAUACUCAACCAGUACUCCAUCUAAGGAUGAGAUUUAUGCCAUAUAUGACUUUAAAGAACACUUUUUGGAAAUAUGCAGUCUUGAGGAGUACCAUAAAACAAAAUUUUGAUAUGUGUGAUCUUAUGUUAUUUUUGGAUAAAUUAGGGUCAUUCACGGAUAAAGACGUCUUGGAAUUUUUUGCAAGGUUUUCAAAAAAUCCUUGGUCUGGUGAUUUUAUCACGAAAGUCCAAUUAAUUGAAGGUCUACAGAAUUGGAAGAAAUCUGCGGAGUUUAAAAACGUGUGGAGAUGUCCCAAAUGUUUCAGGUCAAGAAAGAAGAGUAAUAAUGUCUUGAAAUCUAAAUUAAUGAUUGAGAAUGAUUUAAUUACACAUUUCGCCAUCUGUAGUUUUUCCCAUGCAAACAAGACGUUAAAGCCAUCGUAUGUGUCAUCUGAGUUUGCCUCUAAGAGAUGGUUUUCAAAGGUACUAAUUAAAUUGACAUAUGGUAAAUAUGCCCUAGGUUCAAAUAAUGCCAACAUUCUUGUACAAGAUAGAGGUACUGGUAUCAUUAUAGAAGAAAAGAUUAGUGCACAUGUCAAAUUUGGUAUGAGAAUAAUUUAUAAUGGUAGAGGGACAGAAACCAAAAAAUUCAAGACUUUAUUGAAGAAUAUGUCAAUAAGACAAGGUAAAAAAUUCGAUGACCCAGCAUCAAUUAAACAGAUAGAACCGUUUAUCAAAUUUCAUUCCUUAGAUACAUCACAAUGUUUAGAUAUGGAAUAUAAAACUUUUAAUGAGUUUUUUUAUAGAAAAUUAAAACCUGGAAGUAGAACCAUUGAGGGGGGUGAUUCUCGAAUAAUGGUAUCAUGUGCAGAUUCUCGUUGUACUGUCUUUGAUACAAUUGCGAAAUCAAAGGAAAUUUGGAUUAAAGGUAGUAAAUUUAGCAUAGAUAAAUUAACAGGAGAUUACGAGUUAGACAAAUCAAAUGAGAAAAAUACGAGUAUUGCCAUCUUUAGACUUGCGCCACAAGAUUAUCAUCGUUUUCAUAGUCCGUGUGAUGGUGUAAUUGGGAAACCUGUAUACAUUGAUGGUGAAUACUAUACUGUUAAUCCAAUGGCUAUUAGAAGUGGAUUAGAUGUCUUUGGUGAAAACAUUCGAGUUGUCAUACCAAUACACUCUAAAGAAUUUGGUACCUUUUUGUUUAUUCCGGUCGGUGCUAUGAUGGUGGGUUCCAUAAUAUUGACUUGUAAAGAAGGUGAUUCCGUUAGGAGAGGUGAAGAACUAGGAUAUUUCAAAUUCGGAGGAUCUACUAUCAUAUUGAUCGUUCCCAAGGGUAUGAUACAAUUUGAUUCAGAUAUAUCUAAAAACUCUAGAGAAGGUAUUGAGACUCUAGUGAAAGUUGGUAUGAGUGUUGGCCAUUCUCCUGCUAUCAAGGAGUACAAAAGGAAAGCAAUUCGUGUUGUUGACCCCACCCAACUUGAAAGGAUUAAAAGGACAAUAAGUGUAGAUGAAGAACAUGCAAACAAAUAUCAUAACGUAACGUGGGAAUACAAAGAACUGGAAAAAUUUAUGAACCAGGAUUACGGAGAGGAGGAUGUAGAAUCAAAGAUAACUGAUAUCGAUUCUCCUUAUUAG